AAAGAGACCAGAAAAAGCAUAUGUGCUUUAAGGACGUAGCUGUAAGAUGGUUUGAAGCAGGUUUUUCGGGUAAGUAAAUGGAAACAGUAUGUGGCCCACACUGACAGCGGACCUGCUUGCAUUGGUCAUUUUGUGUUUUGGUGCCAGUGUUGAACAAAUGUCCUAUAGACCUCAGAGCUGCACGCUUGAAUGCAUCAGACAGGGAGACCCAGAAUGUGAAUACUGCAGAAUUACAGCAAAUGAGGUUCAGUUAUCUACCAGCAUUCCCUACACCAGCAUAUUUGGAAGUUGUGUUCCUUGGCCCUGUCACUCUUUUCUAGGCCAGGACACCCCUGAAGUCUGUCUGCAUUAUGUUGAUGCACCGCGCAAUAUUCAGAUUGAGUUUGAAAACAAUCAAGAUCCUACAUUUGAUGCCAUUACAGUGUCAUGGAACCCAAGCCAAUACGGUAUCGCAUUCUUACGCGGUUUCCAAGUCACCCUGCAGGCUCUUGGUGGAUCCCAAAUUUUAUGUCAACUGUUUCUCCUGCGUAAUAACUUGACUCUCACCCAUGCACAUGCCCAAAGGGUUUAUUAUUCAGACCCUUUUACACGUCUGUCAUUGGAUGCCAGAUAUGUGGUGACUAUCAUGGCACUGCCCGUACCUGAACAGUGGCACCAGUUUUAUCAGAAGAAAGAGUUUUUUACACGCACUUGUCGAGAAAAAAAUGGCCUAGAAGAGUGUAAAAAAGACUGGUAUCCUAGAUAUGUUGAAGUCCACCAGGAGAACCAAGACAUUUUUGUGACCUUUAACCUUGCACCUGAGAACUUUAAAAUCCGUCACUAUUUCUCAUCAUGCUUUGGAGGCGGGCUACGAAACUACACAAACAUUGAACCAGAUUUCGGUCGAAACAAAACCCAUCACACAUAUCGCUUACAGAAUCUCAGAGCAGGUACAAACUACACCUGUGAGAUUGCGGCCAAUGUCGUGGAUGCUGUAAGGAAAUCUUUUGUUGUUGUAGUUCAACACAACUAUGAAGACCCGUUGACCUCACACUUCACAGAGAGAUCUUUACUCGUAGUCCUCUUGUCUGUGGGAAUUCUGCUCGCUGCUACUGCAACGGUCAUCUUCACUGUUCUCUACAAGAAAAGAUUGAAGAAUGCGGUCAAGACCAAAAUGAGACCAGAUAUUAUUGAACAGUACUACGACAAAAAGCUGGAUGAAGGACAGUGUGUUUUACUGGAGAGUAAUACCUGCCCCCCUCGCCUCCUGAUUUGCUACUCAAGAAAUGAUGGCUCCGCCCAUGUGAAAGUCGUACUACAAUUAGCUGCUUUUUUGCAAAAGCACAUGGCCACCCAGGUGCAUUUGGACCUGUGGGAGUCCUUAAGCAUUAUGGAGGAUGGCAUUCUAAGCUGGCACUGCAGAAGAUUAAAUGAGUGUGACUUUGUGAUGGUUAUAUGCUCCAGAGGCCUCCUUCAGAACCGCAAAAACCAGUAUGAGAAUGAGGACCAGAACACUGAUGAGAACACCACUUUAACCACGAUCGCCAUGAUUGGACAGGAGAUGUGCCGUGCAAAAGCGCUGGGUCAAGACCUCUCCAAAUACAUGGCUGCCAUUUUUGAGUACUCGGAGGAGUCUGAUAUACCAGCUGUACUGGGCCUUGCUUCGAGAUACACCCUGACUGAGGACUUACCUUUGCUUUUUUCUCAUCUUCAUGGGGUGCCUUUGCAAAAACCCGGAGUUUACCUACAGGUGGAGAACAUUUCAGAAAGUGGAUAUUUCAAACUUCCAGCCGGGGCUGCACUACAGCAGGCCAUCCAGGAGGCAAAAGUGCAACUGUUGGAUGAGUAGACUGUAGAAAUGUAGGUACUGCAGUCAUAUAAUGAGUGACAAAUAAGUGACAAACCUUAUAGACUUGUGUUGAAGGAGGGACCUGAGCCAUGUUUAAGGACAAGGUUUUCACAGAGUCUGUGGCAACAAAAUCUUUGGCCACUUGUGGAAACCAAAUGGGAAGGAUACUGAAGUAAUUUGGAAAGUAUUGAGACAUCUAAAUGCUGUGAAUUUCAUUACAUGUCUACAUGUAUUUAUUAUUGCAUAUAUGUGUAGUUCUCAUGUGCAUGAAUGUAAAACAAAACCAUGCGAAUUUUUAUAGUGUUUGCAUACGCAUCUACAGGUACAGCAUUGGAAUGUUUUCUUAACUACAAAUGUAAAAACGAUUUUACAAGACUGCUUAUAUUUUGCAAUUUUAUGAAUAAUGUUUAACUUUUUUACUUUUGCUUAGAGCUGGCCUGAAAUUAACUUUGCCUUUGUAUUUUUUGAAGGGAACUUCAAAAUGCCUCUAAAAGUAAAUAAUAUUUUUUAUAAUACGACGAUCUUUAAAACUUAAAGUGUAACAAAGAAAACCAGUGUCUUGUUUUGUAGCAUAUAUCUUUGUUUCCAGUAUUGGAGUUCCAGCUGUGUAAACUAAUGAUGUUCCUCAAAAACGUUUAUGAAAAUAUAUUGUUCAUGAUGCUUUACAAACCAACCUUUUUAUCUUUUGCUAUUUAUUUUCACUGAGAAAUCGCAUGCCGUUAAUGAAAAUAAAAUCAUGAAUAUUCUCAAAUGCAGUUAGAAAAUGUUGAUUUAACAUGACACUAAGAAACAAAAUCAAAUUUAUAGCACAAUAUUUCUAUUAAUUUUAAUGUCAUUUUAUAUAAUCAGUUAAUCCACCUUUUAUCUUUUCACAUCAAAGUAAACCCAUCAUAAAUUUUAUUGAUUGGAAAUGACAUAUUUAUCUCAACACCUGACCCAUUAAUACAGAUUUCUAUUUCUUUUCCACAUUUCUUUUUCUGUCCUUACAAAAAACAAGCUUUGUAUACUGUAGGCUAACUGAGACCAGUUUUAUUGCACUUAUGAUAUGCUCUCCUUGUGUCAUACUAAUUGCUUCUAUUGUUCACCUCAUUUCUAAGUCGCUUUGGAUAAAUGUGUCUGCUAAAUGAUUAAAAGUAAUGUCAAUGUAUUUAAAU